AUGAACGUGGCGACCCUAGUUCCUCUCCUCCUUUUGUGCCUCUUGGGCCUCAUCAGUGGGGUGUCGGCCCAGAGUGCAUGGACGGCCGACCAGGCCACAGAGCAGACCAAGUUGAACAACGCCAGGACCGCCUGGCAGAGAAGUGCCAUCAACUACUAUGAUUACUUGUGGUCUGAGGAAUACAGUGGUGUUAACCCAGCGGUCUAUCCAUACCGUGUUGUGGUGGAAGUUAGCACUGUCCAGGCUGUGAAUAAACAAGGACAACUUGUCACUACAGCCAGGACCGUGCCCCAGAUCUUAGAUCAGAUCCAGAGUUACCUUUCGGAUGCCAGCUUGAGGGUGUAUUGCACCUAUGAUGCCAACUAUGGAUACCCCACCAUGUACCAGUUCUCCAAUACUGCAGGUGGAAAUGUUAGCACUCGCCGCAUCAGCGCUUUUGGCAUCAACUCAGGAAACAGGCUUUCGGCAUACAACACCAACAAGGCUCUCUGGCAGGCUAAACGAUGGUACAACUAUGACUACAGCUACAAGGACUGGAGUCCAUCCUACGCAAGUGCGGCCUGGCCGUUGGCUGUCCAGAUUCGCAACACUCAAUAUGCGAGUUCCCAGGACCACAACAACAACCAGGUCAAUUGGCUAACUUCCAAUACCGUUGACCAGUACUUUGACAUGAUCAAGCGCCAGAUCGAUGCUAAUGUACCCUAUUUGGAAGUCAAUUAUGCACCUACUGACGGAUAUCCCACAGAGAUUUUCUUUAUUCAGAGUGGAAGUUCCACAAUCUGGCACUAUAAUAUUUACACCUGCUAUCCUGCGUAA